AUGAAUCAGAUUAGAAGUACCUACACUAACCAAUUUUACUAUAGAUUAAUCAAUCGUUUUGUAGCCAGAAUCUCAGAAGCCUACCAAUUCAUGUUAGCCAAAAGGUAAAUAGCCAGAUCCUAACAUUCUAAAUUUCUAUUAUCCAUUAAUCAUUGUCAAACAAAAAAAUUUGACAGCAAAUAACUACUUCUGACUUCAUUAAUUUAAGCAGUCUAUUAAGAAUGCCGACUAUAAAUAGAUUUAAUAUUAAAUAAGCAACAGAAUGCUUAAAACUAAAGAAUACACAGUCAAGAAAGCAACCAUUAAGGAGAAUAAUUCCAGAAUCAAUUUUAUUCAUUAGAAGUUACAAAUAAAAAAUAUAUCCAAAAUGAAUGGUAAAUUAAUAUCAAAGAUAAUAAAAAGUUGAACUAUUUUUAUACUAAAAUCUUUCCAAAAUAAUAUGAGGUCCUCGAAUCAGCAGACAAGUAUUCAUUACAAUAUCUCUAUAGGAUUUAGGAAGAAUAGAUCCUAUAUUUUUAAAGCAGACAAUAAAAUAAGGACAGGAUCUUCAAGCAACUUCUUUCAUAAAACUAGCAUAUUUAACAAUCUCUCAAUUGGGCUCAAGAUAUUGAUUUACUGAGUUACAAUCGAAAAAUAGAAACUAAAUUAAAAAAAUUAAAGCUUAUCUAAUUAACUACAAACCAAUAAUUAUUGAAUUAAUCAUCUUCUGUAAGGGCUUCUUAGCUAUCAAAUAAAUCUAUCAAUUAAAAUAGUCCUGCCAGUCCUUUCAAAAGUAUUAAUAAUUAAACAAAGAUGCCUUAAAUCAUUCUCAAAUAGAGAAGCAUUUCUUAAAAUAUUCCAUAGAGUGAAUUCAGAUUUAAAAAUUCUAUAAUUCUAUCAAAUAAUCAAAGGGAAGGUCUUUAAUAAUGCACAAAUUAAAAUUAAAAAUAAAUUUACAAUGGGUAAGAUAAGGAGGUAUUGUUUGCUAAACUCAUUGAAAAAGUUGAAUUAGGACCAAAAAAAUAGAUAUGCUCAGUUCUUAAAAGUAAGCAAUUAAUUGAUUUGAUCCCAACACAUAGUUCUAAAUUAAAACCAAGAGUACCAACAAACCUUGUGUAAUAAAUACAUUCUAUUGCUAAUUGA